UUUAAUUCUGCAAUUGGAAGGAUUAUUAAAGCUUUCCAGUUGCUUUACUGUGACGUGACGCAUUCCCUUCCAGACUUGCGUCAAACAGGGAUUUCAGAAGUUUCACUAUUUAAUUAAUUAACGGCGGCUUUGACCUCUGUAAGCUUUUCUCUUUUCUCUUAGUCAUCCUCCUCUCUUCUGUUAGACCAUAUAGGCAUCUGUGUCCAGGGGCAAGUGGCAGAAGUUGCUUCAACCUAAUUGUCUUUCUCUACUCGUACUGUCCUCAAAUGACUUUCUCUCUGUCUCAACUCCCCCCUCCCUCCUUUGCUUCUCUCUAAGCUCUGCCCAGUCUCUGUCUCUGUCUGUAACUGUAGCCUGUGUUUUUCUCUCCCUCCCACUCCCUGCGACGUAUAGAUACUGCAUUGAUCAGACACACGCGCGCAGACACAUGCACACACGCGCGCACACUGAGCCUCCCACUCCUUUCAUCAUUGAUUCGCUCUGCUCUGCUCUGCUCUCUUUCUCUCUCUCCCCAUUCUCUCUCACUCUCUCUCUACAGCGGCACUUGUUGAAUUCAACCCUUGGAGAAUAGAGAGAGGGGAGAGAAACAGAGAGAGAUAAUGACAGGGAGGCAGAGGGAGGCUUUGAGACGGCGCUAGAACAGACAGCGAGCGGAGAGAAUGGGGCUUUGGAGGAUAUAGAGAUUGAAGAUAUAGGCUGCAGACACACAGUCAGAGGGAAAGUCAGUCACACAGCAGAAAGAGAGAGAGAGAGAAAAUCAUCUUUGAGACAGUGGGAAUGACACUUUAAGUCGACCAGACGGAGCACAUCAGAGUGCUCUCCUUCCAUCUCUAACUCUUCUGUCCCGCCGCCGCCGCCGCCGCUGCUGCUGCUGCUGCUGGUGUGAUAGCGUGCGCCAAGCCUCCGUGGUGUGAUGUGCUUACACAGGUCACAGCCGUCUGGGACAACAGCGAGCGCUUUUCUCCGCAUUCGUGCAUGUGUGUGAGUUUAGCAGGGGAAAAGUCGUUUGCUGCUGGUUUCUCCAGCCGGAGUUUAGGAAGAGGACAAAUGCUGACAACGGUAUAAUAGAGUCAGCAAAAUCAAGAAGUGUGUCUCUAAACUCUUGACAUGAAAAACUGGUUGCAUUCGGCGUGGCGUCCUCUGCCUGAAAAGUUGUUGUCGAGGCUGAUAUACAGGUCGUCAAAGUCCAUGCAUAAAUACAUGGAAGGAGUCCAAGGUUCUAGGAAUUUAAUCCAUGUUAAAACAGCAUAGCCUUAAGAUGCCUCUCUCAGUGGCGGAGUCUGCAGUAAAUAUCUGAAACCCCAUCUUCCUCUUCCUCUGCGGCCAUCAUGUCCCAGCUGCUCCACGUGGAGAUCCCCAACUUUGGAGCCACAGUUCUGGGCUCCCUUAAUGAGCAGCGCCUGCUGGGACACUACUGCGAUGUUUCCAUCCUGGUCAAAGGUCAGGCUUUCAAAGCCCACCGGGCCGUUUUGGCUGCCAGCAGCCUCUACUUCCGCGACCUCUUCAGCAGUUCCACCAAGAGCCAGUUUGAGUUGCCCUCCUCAGUCACACCUGCCUGCUUCGAGCAGAUCCUCACUUUCUGCUACACAGGGAAGCUAACGAUGGCUGCUAGCGAACAGCUGGUGGUCAUGUACACAGCUGGCUACCUCCAGAUUCAGCAUAUAGUUGAAAGAGGCAUGGACCUAAUGUUCAAGGCAAACUCGCCUCACUGUGACUCGCAGACGGCGGGGUCUUUAGAGGAAACCGGAUCCGAGCCACAGAGUCCCUGUAAUAAUGGCAACGGCCUGGCGGUGGCUGCCCUGUUGGGAACCACGGGCUGGUCUCCGUCCCUACUCAUGCCGCAACGUAAGAUCAAACUAGAAGGGGGCGAACCGACGCCCCUGACGAUGCCUUCGACGCAAAACAAGAUUUCGUCUUCGGAGUUGGGGAGUCGGCUGGCGAGGGCCAGCUCGCUGUUCUACACGACGGCCGGCGGGACCGCCAUCCCCGGUAUGCCUCCUUACCACCUUCAUGGGGCCGGUGGUGGGGGUGGAGCAGGAGGAGCGGGAGUCGAAAGGUCAAGUCCUGGAUCGUCCAGCCUGCCAACCACCGACAGCCCUACAUCCUACCAGAAUGAGGAUGAGGAGUUUGAGGAAGAGCCCUAUGAUGGGAUCACAGAGGAUGCCUACAGUCACCUCUAUGGACGUUCAGCUAACCCCUACGGAAUCCAGGACAAGCCGGAGAUGGCAGCGAUGCCCUUGGCCUUGGAGAGCCGCAACUGUGUGCUGAUCCGCAGGGACCUGGUGGCGCUGCCUGCAAGCCUCAUCAGCCAGAUAGGCUACCGCUGCCACCCUAAGCUCUACACUGAGGGGGACCCGGGGGAGAAGCUGGAGCUGGUAGCCGGUAGGCACGCACACACGCAAAGUACGCAGGUGUUCAUGACUCGAGGACAGUUGAUGAAUUGUCAUCUAUGUGCUGGUAUCAAACACAAAGUCUUGCUUCGCCGUCUGCUAGCCACGUUCUUUGAUAGAAACACUUUAGCCAAUAGCUGUGGGACAGGCAUCCGCUCCUCUACUAGUGACCCCAGCAGGAAACCCCUGGACAGCAGGGUCCUCAACGCUGUCAAACUCUACUGUCAAAAUUUCAACCCUAACUUCAAGGAGAGUGAAAUGAAUGUGAUCGCUGCUGAUAUGUGCACAAACGCGAGGCGCGUCCGCAAGCGGUGGUUGCCCAAGAUCAAGUCCAUGCUGCCCGACGGCAUGGAGGUGUACCGCGCAGGGAUGGGCAUGGGUGCUGCUGUGGGUCUGGGCCUGGCGCUGGGUGCCUCUCAACCAGGGGUGACCCUUCCCUUCGAGGCCCUAGACCAAAGGUUGUUUGCAGAUCGCAAGGACCUUCUCAGGACUCACCUACCGCUGACGGCGGGCAGCCCCGGGUCCGGGGCGGCCGGAGCGGAGGCCGAAGGCGAAGGAGCGGUCCAGGAGGAGCAGGAGGAAGACGAGGACGAAGCUGGGUUAGAAGGUGUGGACGGAUCACUGGGGGCGCCGACUUUGGUCCCGGGAGCCGAGGCGGGCAGUUGUGGCGACACGCCGCCGGAGCAGGAGGUGGAAAAUUUCGGACAAGGUCUGAGGGUGAACGGACAGUGAACGUCCCUCCGGGCCGCCUCUCACGUUGUGAAAUCUGUUGAACGGCGCAGUUUUCUUUUGCUUGCUCUCUUACUCUUAACAUCUCGUCCACCACUCUUUCUUCUCCUCUGUGCUUCCUCAUCAGGAAUGACUCGGCACAAAAAAGCUGCGCUCGUAGACCUUACUAUACAGGAAUUUGUCACACAUGCAUGCGCACACGUCGUGUACACGCAUACUUACUGAUAGUGGCAGUAGAUCACUCAUAGUAGAAGUAGACACAGGCAUGGCAUCAGCACAUUAAGAACAUUUCUGCUCCACCCUUUUCUUAGUAUACAGUAUUCAGUAUUUACUCAGUAUUUGGGCAGCAACAUUAUAAAGGCCUGAUAGCAGGACAAAUGGCUGGAAUGAGUCAUCAUUUCAGUGCAAUACAAAAGCAACAGCUGCUUUGCUGGCCGUUUAUGGAUUGUGGUGUAAUGGUAUGUAAAAUGAUUCUGUUUUCUUGGAAAGCCACGUCUGAAAAUAACCCAUGUAACCUUGGGGGGGGAAAACAGAUCAGAGAAACGAAGCUCUCUUAGAAAGCAGCUUAUUUUGUUGUAUGAUAAAUAUGUAUGAAUAUUAUAACAAAGAUUGUAUUAUAAUUAAAGGUCAAGCACUGCAUUACCGCCACUAAACGGAACAUUUUGCAUUUCUGUUAAAACGUCAUUUUUAGGAUGAAGGCGAGAAAAAGUGUUUUCUGCGAAAGCUAAAGGCGGCCCAACAAAUGCUCUAUCACAUGGAGUCGUGUAUUCACGCAUAUCUGCCUGUGACUUAUUGGAUUAGAUUGUCAAUGUGAUGCCUGUGUCUGCUCCAGACCGCCCCUCCCGACCACACACACACACACAUAGAUCCAUACACACACACACACACACACAUGCACACAUUUCUCACCUUAUGAUACUUAGCCUUUAAUAUCUGCAUUCAAAAUACACUGUCCAAAAAAAAAAGAAACAAUGCUUUUUAACUUUGAAAAAUCCUUUUUCGAUGACAUCAUUCUGUCUUGGAGAUGCGGAGAGAGACGCGAACAAGAACGUGCACUAAAAUCCAAGCUUGCAUGCAUGAAUACAAACAGUAGAUACGGAGAAUUACCGAAAACAACAACAACAAACCUGCAUCUAAAUAAGAAAUAUGUGCCGUAAUAUGCCGUUAAAGGACUUUUUUUCCAUUUCUCACUGGGAUCUGACCUCAGUCUGACACGUGUUAGAACUGACCCGGGUGUGACGCAGGAUCGGCUCUGUUUGGAUUUCCUUUUUUUAAACUUUGGAGAGUGCUCACCACGUGUAGACGAGACUGAACAUAUGGAGUAGGAAGAGGAAGUGCACUACACCGAGUGGUAGAAGAGAGAAGCACUGUUUUACCUUUGAUGUGGCGGUGUGAUCGGCACCAAGACUACAUAGUCCUGCUUCCAUCCUGUUUUUUUUUUUUUCCUGGGGGGUUGGGGGGGUAAAUUAUUGAAUAAAACUUUUUGCUGGCUUAUUGCAUUUGCACUCAAAAAAAGGUUUAAGGGUGGGAAACUAAGGCAAAAUGUGACUGUACUAAAGACUGAAUAUGUCCUCCACAUCACCCUGAUUGUUUAUUUGAUGAGCAGAUUGUGGGUUUGGAAAGAGGUCUUUCUGAAGAUACCUGUUUCUAUAUUUCUUUUUUUUGAAGCGGGCGGAGUGAAGCAAUGUCUAACAGGGACAAAAAAUACCUGUAUUUGUCAUAUUAAUUUUCUUUUUUUGAUAUCUGUUCAUGCUUUCUGCCACGCGUAGGGACGCAGUCCAAACAGCCUUCCUUUGUUGUUUUGUGCAUUGAUUUUAAGAGAUACACUGUUCUAUGUUUUUGUGUGUCAAAUCACAUUUAAUCACAAGGUCAGACCAUCAAAUUUAGUCAGCUCAAAAAAUUAAUCAGACUUUUCCACUGCAAAAAAUGAAUAGCAUAAGCUAACAACCAAGCAGUAUACGCCCUUGAUGUAUUUGUUUGUUUGUGCUUCAGCGCUGUGCCACCUCAAAGGUUGUGUUUACGUGUCUUGUUUCGUAUUCUUUAGGAGACGCUUUAAGAUGGCCCUGCACAAGAAACACAGGGUUAUAAUUGCACUAGGUAAUAAUAAUAAUGAUAAUGAUAAUAAUAAUGAUGUUUACAGUAUCUAGUAUUUUUCUUUUCUUUUGUGAUCUACCAUAGAUUUAACAGGGCUGUGAUCGAAUGGCUGAGAUGAUGAAUGAAUGUAAACUGCAGCACUGCUUUGGCGAGGGGUCCGAGCCUUGAUUGAAUAUGGUCAAAUACUCUUUGUAUUAUUUUUUAUUUUUUAUAUGACUCAGUAUUCCCUCAAUUGUAUGUAAAAAAUAGGCCAUAAUAUAACAUUAAUCUGACUGUGAUGAUGAUGUUCAAACCUAAAGCUUUAGUGAUUUUGAAACUGGUCUUCCGAAGUGGUGAACACCGGGGAGUAUUUCCCUGAUAAUAUAGAAAACUGCACGAGUACAGACUUUUAUUACUCUAUUGUUUUUAUUUUGUCCCAACAAGCUUUUAUUUUUUUUAGAUAAUCUGAGUAAUGUGUGUCACUAAUGUUGAAAUGAAUGUGUUCACCAAACUGAGAGAUCAUGACAUUUUCUGUAUAGAAAAUCAAAUUUUUAAGCUUCGAAAGUAAGAAAAACAUAAUAAAGAUAUUCAGUGGUUCAUUGGACCCACUAUCUUAGUUACUUUAUGACUUUACGAGAGGAUCAUCUGCACUUCUGAUUUUGUCAACCGAGGUAUCAGUCGUUUUGGAAGUAAACCAAAUUCACAGUUAUUACUUUAGAUCACAAAAUAGUUCGCAACUGCCGCCCAAAAAAUUUAAAUCUGUGUUCUCCACUGUUAAACUGUGCGGUAAGUAUAAUAUUUGUUCUAUUUCCUCUCUCUGUAUUUUCAUGCACGGUGAAUCUAUGCCUUUGGUUCUGCAGGGUUUUUUUUUGUUUUGCAUGGCCACGACUUUAACUUCGAGGAAUUAACUCCAAUUAAAACGAAUCGGUAAAUAAUAGCCUAUAGGGUGGGAAAUAUUGAUAUACUCCACUGUAGUGAUAAAGGGGGUGUGGAGCAGUGCCUUAGACUGUGACUGUGUGGAUGUUGUGAUGUGAACCUUUAUGAUCAGAGACGAACGAGACAAAGUAGCUGUAGGGGUAGGAUGCACACAUUGAUUUUUUUCCUUUACUAU